CACUUGAAUAAUGAUGAUAAGUUGUGUGCGACGGCGUAUAGGGCGUUCGGUUCGAUUGUUGAGGUGUUCGCUGAGGAUUACAAUAAACGACUCGAUGGUAUCAUUGAGAAUGAGGUAUUCAGUUUGCUGACAAGUGCUCAUCAUAGCGAUGUGGCUUCAGCGGAAGAGAUGAGUGCAGAUAAAGAGGAUGUAGAAGGGAAAAAUGUCUUAUAUCAUCGAUUGACGUCGAAUCAUGGCGGUGUCAGGGACUGGUGUGUUUCAAAGAUAAUGGGACUGAAGUUCAUGUGUAUAUACUUGAUAACACAACAUGCGCACUGCAAUGAAACUGUUAUCAAGUUGACAGCUCGCGUGGUGAACUUUUUCUCAUCGAUUAUCGAAUGCCCCGAAGAGGUGUUUCAUGACACAUUGAGUGAUGCGGAAAAGGCACAGAUGAGGGCAAUGGCCGGAUGUUGUCUACUGAAGAUAGCAUCUUGUCGUGAACUGGCGAAAAUGGUCGAUGUGGACAAAUUCAUUGGCAUGUCACGACUUGUGCAUGACGAGGUGGCAUUCGUUCGUUUACGGUUCGUAUCACGACUGAUCAAGCACCUGGACGUGAUGAAUCUCUCAGUUGAAUAUAUGGGCAUGUUGGCUCUGCUUCCGCUGGUCGACGAUCGAGAUCUGAAAACGAAAAUCAAGAUUCUUUUGGAGAGAAAUAUCGCCAUUCGACGACGUUUUCUGUCAAAAGCUGAAAAUAGAGUGAUUGCACCAUAUCACCAACCAGAAUAUUGUAUGGCGUAUGCGGUGUAUGUUUUGUCGAAAUACGAAGGGUUCACUUCCUAUACGGACGAGUGUACACUUGUGAAGUUGAGAGGAUGUCUAUGGUUUUUGCUGGAACUCUUCCAGAAUACGAAGGAUAUGAAGAAUCUGGAAUUCAUUCGAAUCAUAUUCCAGGAUAUAAAAGGUUGUCAGGAUAAGAGAAUGCCUCUGGAAUGGGAUAAAGGCUGUGAAGAGAACAAAAAGAUGUGGGUUCUGUGCGAUGUCGGCAUUCUGUUGCUUUCGUAUAGAAUCAAAUUAAAUUUCGGCGGGAUCAGUGAGAAACGACCGGUGCUCAGUAAACGUUUCUUCGAGCCUAUUCCAAGCAAGCUGAAGCAUAAGAUUGAAAUAUACGUACCGGAGAAAUUAAUCGAAGAGGAGAAGCGUGGAAUGAAAGGAGGGGGCGCGGCUCGCCUGAAAGCUGAUGGAACACUAGUCGCAUCUAAUACAGCGACAUCGGAGAAAUCUGCAGAUACAACCGCUCGUUUGGUGAAACGUGCGCCCGUUAAGAAGAUACGACGUGCUAGGAAAGGUGACGAAAUAUUUGAUGCGAGUGAGGUAGCUUCAGACGGAGAAGAGAAUGAGACAACGACUGAUUCAGAGGUGUCUUCGAUUGCUGCCGUUCGUCAGUCGUCGUCCAAAAAAAUUGAUGUGUCAACUAGUAAUCAGUUGGAAAGUUUGAGUUUUGUUGAUAAGCUUCAGCUGAAAGCAAAGCAGUCGUCGCGGUCCGAUAAACGCACACCAGCUCCAUCUACCUCACAACCGCAACAAAAACCCAAAAAGCAAUCACCCCGUUCUCCUCGAGUUACGGCAAAAACGAUGUCCACUCGCAUGAGUAACGAUCUACGGAAUGUCAGUGUUAUGAUAUCACCGAUACUGCGAUCUAGUGUUGUUGAGAGCGAUGCUCAUCGACAGAUGGUGAGUGUUUCGUUUGUUUCGUUUGGGGAUAUGCUAUAA